GCUUGGGAAUUACAUGGCAUUUUAAAUUGGUAUGAAAGUCCAGCGCCACAGGCUAAGUGGAUGACAAUGCCAGACAUGGGUCACCUCAUAGCCUCUACUUAUAACUGUGUCCUCAUCCACUUAUCAAAACUACAAUGCCUUACAUUCCUUUCCCUCCAAUCUAAACCCCUACCCUCCAUGAAGCGAAAGGUUAUUGCUAUUGGAUUCGUUGAUGGCGGACACUUUGUACAGGUGUUCCUCAAAAAGGGUUCUCCCAUGCCACUAAUAGCUUGCAAUUGGACAAUCUAUCGCGACUCUAUAGCCAAAAAUUGGGAUGUACCAUAUGUCAAGGCCAUUCAAAAGUUCAAGGAGAUCAUUGGCAAUGACGUUGCAACAAAGGAGGUCAUUGAUAUGGAUUAGACAUUUUUAUUUGUCAAAUGUAUCUUGUACUUUGUGCUCGUAUUUUGGGAAAUAGAAUGGUGAUUGCACUUUGGAUCCUAAUAUCUGACAAAUUGUAGUUGUACGUAUUUUGGUACUUAUGGAUGAAUGUUGGCAAUCAGGUACUUAUGGA